AUGAAAUCAUACUGUGAUAAAGUUAUAGUGUUUAUGCGACAAAAGGUCGCCCAGGGUAAACAGCCAGGGCAACCAGGCGCUGCUAAUAUGAUGAAACUCAAAUGGGACUCCGAGUUGGCAGAAAUUGCUCAGGCAUUCGCUAACGCUUGUGAACGAGAUAGUUUGGCCCACGAUAAGUGUAGAAACUUAAAGGACGGAACUGAAGUAGGUCAGAAUAGCGUGAACGACACUCUUGUUCUAAGAGAUGGAGCAAACAGAACUGAUCUCUUCUACAGAAUGGUGCAGUUGUGGUACGACGAGGUGUCAUUGUUUGAUUCAAGAUUCGUCGACAAAUUCACGUUCAGCAACGAAACUAAAUUUGUUUUGUCAAUAACAAUAGGGUUAAAGUGGUGA